AUCGGGAUCGGGACUGGGUUCGGGAUAGGAACCGGGAUCGGUGCGACGGCGGUGAUUCAGCCCCAGCAGGAACAUGGCAAACUCAACACAGGGCCUCCCCACCGCUGAGCUCUGGGCCUCCCAUAACAAGAUGGUGAUGGAGCCACUUGACACCAAUGACCCGGAGGUGCACAGCAUCAUCAAGAAGGAGAAGCAGCGGCAGAGGCUGGGGCUGGAGUUGAUUGCGUCAGAGAACUUUGCGAGCCGAGCGGUCCUGGAGGCCCUGGGAUCCUGCAUGAACAACAAAUACUCCGAGGGUUACCCGGGACAGAGGUACUACGGUGGGACGGAGUUCGUGGAUGAGCUGGAAAGUCUGUGCCAGAAGCGAGCCCUGGAGGCCUACCGGCUCGACCCCCAGAAGUGGGGUGUCAAUGUCCAGCCCUACUCAGGGUCACCCGCAAACUUUGCGGUGUACACGGCCCUGGUGGAGCCCCACGGCAGGAUCAUGGGGCUGGACCUGCCCGACGGAGGCCACCUCACCCAUGGGUUCAUGACAGACAAGAAGAAGAUCUCUGCCACCUCUGUCUUCUUUGAGUCCAUGCCCUACAAGGUCAACCCCAAGACUGGUUACAUUGACUACGACGAGCUGGAGAAGAACGCCCGGCUCUUCCACCCCAAGCUGAUCAUAGCAGGUGUCAGCUGCUACUCCCGAAACCUGGACUACGCCCGCAUGCGGAAGAUUGCAGAUGCCAACGGCGCCUACCUGAUGGCCGACAUGGCCCACAUCAGCGGGCUGGUGGCCGCCGGCGUGGUGCCCUCGCCCUUCGACCACUGCGACGUCGUCUCCACCACCACCCACAAGACCCUGCGGGGCUGCAGGGCCGGCAUGAUCUUCUACCGCAAAGGCACCCGCAGCGUGGACCCCAAGACAGGCAAGGAGACACUCUACAACCUGGAGAGCCUCAUCAACCAGGCGGUCUUCCCGGGGCUGCAGGGAGGCCCACACAACCACGCCAUUGCAGGGAUCGCCGUGGCGCUGCGCCAGGCCAUGACCCCCGAGUUCAAGGCUUACCAGCAGCAGGUGGUGGCCAAUUGCAAGGCCCUCUCGUCGGCGCUGAUGGAGAUGGGCUACGACAUUGUCACAGGGGGCUCUGACAACCACCUGAUCCUCCUGGACCUGCGCAACAGAGGCACAGACGGCGGCCGGGCCGAGCGGGUGCUGGAGAUCUGCUCCAUCGCCUGCAACAAGAACACCUGCCCCGGUGAUGUCAGUGCCCUGCGCCCCAGCGGGCUGCGGUUCGGGACACCCGCUCUCACCUCCCGCGGCUUCCGGCAGGACGAUUUCCGCAAGGUGGCUCAGUACAUCCACAGAGGGAUCGAGCUGACGCUGCGCGUGCAGAAGGACAUGAGCCCCAAGGCCACACUGAAGGAAUUCAAGGAGAAACUGGAGGAGGACAAAUACCGUGUGGAGCUGAAGGCACUGAAGGAAGAGGUGGAAGCCUUUGCAGCCACCUUCCCACUCCCAGGGCUGCCUGUCCUGUAAGGGGAGACACCUGUGCUCUGCUCCCGGAACCUCGGGAGGACCCGGGAUCACGGCACACUCACACCUCAACACCCCAGUGCCUUCUCCCAGCACCUCCCUGCUGGAACUGCAGCAGCAGCUCAUCCUUUGCCUCUUACUUCCCCCUCCCUCCCGUCUGGGGCACAGGGACCCCCUGAGCACAGCCCCUGUAGGGACAUCAGCCCUUCACCACUCAGUGUCACCACUGGGACCGAGCACCAGGUCACCCUCACCUCACAGCCAGGUGCCACCCAGCUCCCACUGCCUGUGGGAGCAGCACAUGAGGCCAGUCUGUCCACAUUCCCUGGACACACUGCCCACAGCAGCCGGAGGGAUGGAGGGUCCAGCUGCACAAGAGAACUCACAGCCACUAAAAGCCCCCCUGGUUUCAGCCUCAAGGAUUCCCCUUCAUCCUAUGUGCCUUCCCACCUCUUCUGCAGGCUCUGACAAGGCCAGGCCUUGUCCCUAACAUCCCUCCUGGGACUACCCUCCCAUCCUAGCCAGAGCCUCUGGUAUUUUUCUCAGGCCUCUGAGCACAAAGCUUAGGUUGAACCAUUUUUUAAUAAGCACGGUAAAAUUAAGAAUUUAACCACAAUGUAUGACAAGAAUUAUAAGCUUUAAAAAAUACGACCGAUUUUUUUUUUUUUUUUUGUAUUUCAAAAAUAUCUGAA